CUUCGUGAACAACUUGAACGCGCUCAUAAAGAGAAUUCUACAUUAACUGAUGAUAAUAACUUUAUACGUAGAAAACUUGUUUCACUUCAACAAGAAAUCACUAAUAAUAAUAAUGAAUAUGCAAGACUUGAAACAGAACUUUAUCAAACCAGUCAGGAAUUAGAACGAUUAAAAAAAGAAAAUAUUGGUUUUUUAAAAUUUAAACGUGAAAUUGAAAGAAAAUUACGUGAAGAGACGCAAGCUUUUGAAAAAGAUAGGACUGUAUGGCAAGAACUACAACAAAAUGAACAAUCUUCAAAGAAAAAUGAGGAAAAUUCAGCAUUUAAUCCAGCAUCAGUUUCAUAUUAUAAUGCAAUCUGUGAAGCAAAGAAUGCACAAAAAAUUAUUAAAGACUUGGAACGAAAAGUUAGUGAAUUACAAAAUGAAGCUGACAAAACAAAACAAAUAACCACUGAAACCAUGAAUAUAAAUAAAAAUCACGUACAAAAAAUUCAACAACUGGAAAAUGAAAUUUCUCAAGUUAAACAUAUGAAUAGAGCAUUGAUGGAGGAUAAUGAAAAUUAUCAAGUAUUAUUACAUGAAAAAACUAUGAGGGGUGAAUUCAUGUUAAAUCCUAUCUUACAG